GGACUGAUGUUCCAGAUAGAUACCCGACAGUGAGGCCAGGUAUACAGAAAUAUCUCGAUUGCCGCAAUGAAAAUAUUGCUUUACUGGAUGUAUUUGCAUGGAUAUUUGUCUACAAUGUUUCAAGAUUCAUCUCAGAUAACCAUGACUCCAGCAAUCACCACUAAGGCAGCAACUGAAGACUAUGAAUCACUGAAAUCUGGGAAUCAGACAAACACAACAGGAACAAGCAAUGUGCUCAACAUCACAGCUACUAAUAGCUACAGGACAAGUAUAGAAAAAGCUUCGAGAACCACUUCAAGACCUACCACUUCCACAAACACUACAGAAAUGAUUUCAAGUGCAACAACAUUCAAAACAACAACACCUUCUACAAAGAGAAGCACACUUACAAAUGCAUCACCAGAAAGUGAGAUGCCCCAAACAAACAUGAUGAAAUCAGAGACAACCGAGAGCAUAACUCUGGGCACCACGCAUCAAACCAAGUUUACCACAAAUCUAGACACGACGAUGUCUACUUCUGCAACAACUAAUACCACCAUUUCACUAGAAAACAAAACCAUUUCAACGCCAAGCAUGACAAUAGCAACAACAAAAAAUAACAUGACUACCAAAACCCAGAACAAACAUACAACCAUAUCCCAACCUCCUAAACCAAUGGCAAGCACACCUGGGCUAUCUGCCUCUCAAAACCAAUUAAACACAACUUUAUCUGCAAACAUGACAACAGCAACAACACAGACAAAUAUGACUAUUACAACCUUAAACACAACUAUUUCACCAAGUCCUAAAAUGCUAGUAACAUCCAUCACUACUGAACCCCAAACCUUAAUAUCUACAACUAUAUAUAGAGAUAAUACAGUGCCAAAUACAACAGAAUCAACAAUUCUAACUAACAUACCUGUGACUCCAGACAUGACCAUGUCAACAUCUGCAACAACUAACACAACUAUAUCAACAACUGUCUCCUUAGCAACACCAAAUACAAUAGUGACCACCACAACUCAAAAGACAAAUACAAGCACAUUCCAAACACCUGAAACAAUAACAAUGACACCCGCGAAUGUUGAAAGUCAAAACACAGUAAAGACAACCAUAUCUCAAACUACUAAAACUCCAAGCCACACACUUGCAACUGCUGGCAAAACCAUGCCCACUCCAACCCAAAACAUGAUCACACCCACAAGUCCAGUAUCAGCAACAACAUCCAUGAGAACUUCAACCCAAAACACAACUGGAACAUUAUCUGAGUCUACCUUCGCACCAACUACCACAGAAUCCUCAACUAAGAUAAAAACAUCCAUGACUACAGUAACUGAAUACACCACCAUAUCCACAUCUGCAACAACUAACACAUCUAUGACUCCCACCAUCACUCCAUCAAAAACCACAACUAUAUCAACAACUGUCGCAUUAUCAACACCAAAUACAAUAAUGACUACCAUACCUCAAAAGACAAAUACAAGCAAAUUCCAAACACCUGAAACAAUAACAAGCAUACCCGCGAAUGCUGAAAGUCAAAACACAGUAAAGACAACCAUAUCUGAAACUGGUAAAACUUCAAGCGACACACUUGCAACUGCAGGCACAACCAUGCCUAUUCAAACCCAAAACAUGAUCACACCAACCAGUCCAGUAUCAGCAACAACAUCCAUGACAACUUCAACCCAAAACACAAUGACUGGAACGGUUUCUAAAUCUGCCUUAGCACCAACUAUUACAGAAUCCUCAACAAAGACAAACAAACCCAUGACUACGAUAACUGAAUACGCAGCCAUAUCCACAUCUGCAACAACUAAUACUUCUAUGACAACCAUCACUACUACACCACAAAACAAUAGUAUACUCCCCUACAGUCCAAUACAAGGCACAACAGCAAGAACACAUGUGAAUACUAGAACCCAAGACCCAUUAGUGACAACCAAAAGCCGGACCACAGAUACCACCAUAUCACAAACACCUGAAACAAUGACAACAAUCACUAAUACACUACAAAACACAACAAAAUUUAAAGCUAACACAGCCCAAAGCACCAGAGCAGAGAUCACAAACACAGCAAUUACGACUAACAUAAUUCAAAACAAAUCAACGGACAUACCGCAAACACGUCAAACAAUGACAAGCAUACCUGUAAUUACUGGAACUGAAAACCCAUUUAACACAGUCAGUUCAACAAUGCCCAGUACCCUAAGUACAACAACACCCACAACCAUUACUACCAUAACCCAAAAAACAACUGUAUACACAAAUCCAACAACAUUAGUAGCAUCCGUGACUACUGUGUCACAAAACACAGCAAAUAUAUCUAUGGCUAUUACAGUGCCAAAUACAACAAAAGUUUCAACCACAACAUACAGAUCCAUGACUACAGAAACUCCAGACACAACAACUAACACAUCUAUGAAUACUAUCACCGCUACACAGCAAAACUCAACUGUCUCAGCAACUCAAACAAUGUCAAGCACCAUCACUACAAGAACCAACAUAUUAAGUACAACCAUAUCCCAAACACCUGAAACAAUAGCAAACAUACCUGUGACUACUGCAAGUGAGGACCCAAAAAACAGAACCAUAUCCACAACUCAAAACACCACACUUGCAAUGACAAACAUAAUCACAACUCCAGCAAACCAGAACACAAUCAUAACCACACAUCCUGCCCCAACAAUGACUACUUAUGCAGCCCAGAACAUGACCUUAUCUACAGCAACUUCAGUGCCAAAUACUACAGAGUCUCCAACCACCACAAAUGAAUCCAUCCAAACAUCAAAUUCAUCGACAUCCACAACCAAAUCAACGUCAAGCAUACCAACUUCAUUAACAAACACCAUGACUCCCAAAGGUCCCCCAUUACUGGCCCACAUCAGGAUGAAGAUAAAUGUACUGAAUGGGAUUACCAAUGAUAUGAUUAUUGAAUUGGUUGAAACAUUUUUCAGACAACAGCUUCCGAUGGAGACAUCUUACGCAAUCAACUUUACCAAAGUUGAAAGAACUGACCAUUAAAAGCUUUGAUGCUACUGCUUGCUAGCUAGCACAUGACAAUGGAGUACAAUAUACAACAUAAUCAAAUGAUUUUUUUCCCUCAUUUAAUAUCAAACUGAUUCUUUUUGGUAGAUUUAUAUUUUCCAGGUAAACAUAACUGAGUUUUU